AUGGUUAAGAAAACUAAGGAAAAGUCGGAUGCCGAGAGGCAAGAACCUGAAAGACAAGAGUCUUCGUUGAGAGGAAAGGCUUUAGCCUCGGAACGAGCUGGCUCUGGGACACAAAGGACUUCUCGACAGCAAACCGUGGCUGCAAAGAAGGCAAAGGAGCAAGAGAAGAAGGCAGGAAAGAGUAUAGCAGUUCUCACAGAUGAGGUGAGUGGCGAUGAAAGUGCAGAUGAGCAGGCUCCUACAAAGAGGGCCAAGAUGUCCAAGGGGAAGGAGGUUGCUGAUGAUAGAGACAGGACAAAAACUCCAUCUGAGGAAGAGAUGUAUCAUCAUUUGCUGAAUGGGGUAACUUGGACUCCAACCAGAUUCGCUGACCUUGAUUUGCUGAAGGAGGUGGGUCUCGAUUCUGAUAUUGAGGCAAUGCUGGGGCACCUGAAGAUGCCCAAACUCCUCACCAUGGCCUACCCUGCCUACCGGGAUGUCUCCUUUCACAGUGGUAACGCAGUGGGGUUUUGGACUGAUCUUUGGCAUCCUAUGUGUUGUUUGACUGAGGUCAUUGGCGAGAGAGGAACCCAUAAACUGGGAAUUGUAAGGAAUGCGGAGAUUGCUGAGGAGUUCCCAGUAACUCUAGUGCAAACUGUCGAUGAUAUAGUGACAUGGAAAAGCGGCGAAGAGGAGUUCAAGAAGUCUUUCUCUGCUUUCAACACUUGGAACAUGAUCUGUGCACGAUACGACAUAGUGUUGUGGUCUAAGCUAAUCUGGUUUAAGCAAGGUGUGACUCGAUAUGCUUUUAUCACAUGGUUGGCUAUCAAAGAUAGGCUCUCUACAGGGACUAGAAUGAGAGAUUGGGGGAUUGUGCAAGGCUGUCUUCUUUGUGGCGAGCCAGAGGAGUCACGCGAGCACUUGUUCUUUGCUUGUCCUUAUACAUAUGGAAUCUGGUUGCAGGUCAUUGGUUCUUUGCUACGCCCUGCUCCUUCGCUGGACUGGGCAGAGAUUCUGGCUCGAAUACUGAGUGUAGCACACGACAGACAUGUAUCUAUCCUAUUGCGAUUAGCUCUGCAAGUUACAGUUUAUUACGUAUGGCGAGAGAGAAAUGAAAGGCGACACUCACAGCAAAGUAGACCGGUGACUCAACUUGCGAAAAUCAUUGAGAAGACAAUCAGGUAG